AGAUGAACAAUCACUUUUUAAAAUAUAAUAUACCGAAAUGCCACACCUGUCUGAGAUACGAGAUUGGGAACUGGACUGGAUUGAGAAUUCCCCGGAGGUCAUUCUUGAACCUGUCUCCCUGUCAAUCCAACUCACAGACUAAUGACGGUGCCGCCCUCAGUGUGGAGACGCAAAUAUCCACUUCGCACACUCGAGAGCGUCCUGUUCAUUACCGCAAGUGUACUUCGGCUCCAAACAUGUUGAUCAAGUCGGCUAAACAGUGAUCACUCAAGAUUCGAUUUAUAUAUCCUCUGGAGAGAUCUCCCACGAGAGGAAAAUGGAUAUCCUCCUACAUUCUUCUGCACAUUCUCAGUCAUGAAGUUUUUCUAUUCUGUAUUGGCCUUUGCGCCACAAGUCUUCGCUGCUCUUACUUACAAAGGAGUCGACUGGUCGUCCGUCUCUGUUGAGGAGAAAAGUGGUUACACUUACAAAAAUACCGCUGGUACUACACAAGCCCUCGAGACUAUUUUGAAAGCUUCAGGUGUCAACACUGUGAGACAAAGAAUAUGGGUCAACCCUUCCAGUGGCCAAUACAAUUUGGCCUACAACUUGGCUCUUGCAAAACGUGCCAAGGCUGCUGGAUUGAACAUCUACCUCGAUUUACAUUUCAGUGAUACAUGGGCUGAUCCAAGUCAUCAGGCAAUCCCUUCUGGCUGGCCAACUGAUACCGUUGGAAACCUUGCAUGGAAAGUUUAUAAUUAUACUCUGGCAGUCUCGGACGCCUUUGCCAGUGCUGGCAUCUCUCCCUCGAUAAUCUCAAUCGGAAAUGAGAUCCGCGCUGGACUCCUCUGGCCCAUCGGCACCACAUCCUCCUACUUCAACAUUGCCAGUCUCCUCCACUCCGCCUCCGCCGGUAUCAAAGACUCGACUCUUACCACCAAACCCAAGAUCAUGAUCCAUCUCGACAACGGCUAUUCCUGGAGCGAACAACAAUAUUUCUACAAAACCGUUCUCGCAGCAGGACCUCUCCUCAACACCGAUUUCGACAUGAUGGGCGUAUCCUACUAUCCAUUCUAUACCUCCGCCGCAACCCUCGCAAGUCUCAAGACUUCCUUAACAAACAUGGCUUCCACAUGGGGUAAACAACUCGUAGUCGCCGAAACCAACUGGCCAUUCGCAUGUCCAUCCCCUGCCUACGCUUUCCCAUCCGAUGCAACAUCGAUCCCAUUUAGUGCUGCGGGCCAAACAACCUGGAUUAAGGACGUUGCGGCAAUAGUCGCGGGAGUUAGUGGUGGAGUGGGACUUUUCUAUUGGGAGCCUGCUUGGAUCAAUAAUGCGGCUUUGGGAAGCAGUUGUUCUGAUGCUAUCCUUUUCGAUUCCAAGGGAGUUGCAAGAUCCAGUUUGUCGGCUUUUGCUAGCAUUUAGAUCUCGAACUGUCGAAUCUAAGAUGGAGGGGUGGAAAAGGAAGGGAGUACGGAUAUUCAAUUGUUGUAUAUACUUGGACUUUAUUAUUUGUAUAUACAAGAUUUACUUUGGCAUACGACUGGAAUGUAUACUGUCGUUCUAAAUCA